GAAAGAAUGAUCCGCAGUGAACUGCUGGGGAAUCUGGGCGCCCCAGUGCCUGCGGGAGGGUGCAGCCGGGUGUGGGCACGGACAGGGGGAGUGGGCGAAGCUGCUGGUUGGUGCCUGAAAUCUGUGCGUUGCCCCUUUAAUUGUGUCCUCAGCCCUCGGGCGUUUCUGUCCAACGCCCACGUCAGCAAAUACCUUUUGUUUCUCCCACGUUGGGGCUACUUGUUUUAGGGCGCACAGCCUCGGCUUCGGAAGGGGGUGCUUCCCCACCGGGAACCGGGAAUUGCUCUGCAGCGCGUACGAGCGGCCAGAGCUCGGCGACACAACUUUUCUGAACUCAUUGACGUGGAGUGUUUCCUCUUUGUCCUUCAACAGUCUUUGGGUUUCAAGACUAGCACCUGUACAUUUCCAGGAUGGAGAUCUCCUCCCAUCAGUCUCACCUCCUGCAGCAACUGGACGAGCAGCGCAGGCAGGGCGUGUUCUGCGACUGCAGCAUUCUGGUCGAAGGGAAGGUCUUCAAAGCGCAUCGCAACGUCCUGUUCGCUAGCAGCGGCUACUUUAAGAUGCUGCUUUCUCAGAGCUCAAAGGAGACAAGUCAGCCGGCCACAGCCACAUUUCAGGCCUUCUCCCCGGACACCUUCACCGUUAUCCUGGACUUUGUCUACUCCGGUAAACUCUCUGUUACUGGACAGAAUGUUAUAGAGGUGAUGUCCGCCGCCAGCUUCCUUCAGAUGACUGAUGUCAUUAGCGUGUGUAAGACUUUCAUUAAAUCUUCCCUGGACAUUAGUGAGAAGGAGAAGGAUCGCUACUUCAGCCUCUCAGAUAAGGACACCAGCUCUAACGGUGUGGAACGUCCCCCUUUUUAUAGCAGCGGCUGGCAGGAGGAAAGCGCGUCUCCCCGUGCUCACCUGAGCCCAGACCAAGGACCGAGUGUAGUAAGUGGAAAGUUGUGGAACAAGUACGCUUAUCCUGCGGCUUCCCAAAGGAAUACUCAACAACCACUGGCCAGUGAGCAAAGGAAGGACGCCAUUAAAAAGACCAAGCAUUUGAGACUGUCACAGCCUCCUCAGACUGCUCCUCUCAAGUCUGGUCAGGGAGAAGCGCGGCCGUCCGAUACCGCCAACCACGCUGCCCAGUCUGAAGAGCAAGCACAGACUGAUGCUGAAGUAGACUCUGCUCCUGCUGGCUGCCAGUACGGCCACGGCUCUGACGUCACAUCCAGGAGCUUUCCAGAUGAUCUGCCCAGGCUGCGAUUCAGGUGCCCAUACUGCACACAUGUUGUGAAGCGGAAAGCAGACCUCAAACGCCACCUGCGCUGCCACACAGGGGAAAGGCCCUACCCGUGCCAAGCUUGUGGGAAACGGUUCAGCAGGCUAGACCAUCUGAGUAGCCAUUUCCGAACAAUCCACCAGGCAUGCAAACUAAUCUGCCGGAAAUGCAAACGCCACGUGACUGACCUCACAGGACAAGUGGUGCAGGAAGGAACCAGGCGCUACAGACUGUGUAACGAGUGCCUUGCUGAAGUGGGCAUGGACAGCCUCCCUGUCGAUCUGGAAGCUGAGCAACAUUCCAUGUCCCCCGCUGAUGGAGACAAGGAUUCCCGGUGGCAUCUGAGUGAGGAAGAAAAUAGAUCCUAUGUGGAGAUUGUGGAGGAUGGGUCUGCCGAUCUGGUCAUAAAACAAGUUGAAGAUAGCGAGGAAGAGGAAGAAAAGGAGAUCAAACCCAACAUUAGGUAGCUCACUGCCAUUUACACGGACAUCCUGUGUCUCUCCAUGGGCAGAGCCCGGUUAAUGGAUUUCUCCUGCUGGCUUAGAAGUGACCUGAUGUAACUUGCAUGCUUUCUGAAUAGGCCACUGUAUCCAUUCUGAACUGUGUUGCCCUGAAAUAUGUUGCUGCAUUGGGAAGACCUUGCUUGCAUUGGCAUGAUGGAUGAUCAGUUACCCUUUCUGUUAUUACACAGAUGCCAUUUUCUUUAAAUAUUGGAAAAAAAAUCUAUUUA